UGGAGCUGGAGCCGACGGGGACGGAUCCGGAUCCCGCAGGCAGCAAGACCCGCCGCCGGUUCUUCAAGUUGGCGGAGGAGGAGGGGGACAAGACCUCGUCGGCGCCGCCUGCAUCGGCGUCGGCGAUCUACCCGACGCCGUCCUCCAGGACAUCAUCGCGCUCCUCCCCACCAAGGAAGCCGGCGCCGUCUCCCGCAUCCUCGCCGCUCACGGCGGCCCAGCAUCUCGGAGUGGUGAUGGCAAUGGAUGGGGGAAGGGAAGAUGGCAAUUUCGCUGGUGCAUCCUCCAGUGGUGCCGCCGGCGCAUCAUACAGUGGUGCCAUUCCUAGGCGAACAACGGACAGUAACAGUGGAGUGGAGGUGACUGCAAAAGAUGGGAGAGUGGUGAAGUUAAAUGGACCAAUUGAGGUCACAUGGAGCCAUGGCGAGCCUUACCCCAAACCUAAUGGGGCUGGAUUUCUGUGCUACUAUUGUUUUAAAACAAAAAAGGGUGGUGGUGUAUCUCGUCUAAGGGAGCAUCUUGGUGGAAUAACUGGGAAUGUAGUGGAGUGUAAAAAUGUGCCAACGCAUAUUAAGAAUAUAAUGGCAGAUGAAUUUGCAUCAGGAAGAAUAAGAAGGAAGAGAAGUACUAAUCUUCGUCUCUAUGUUGAAAAGGAGGUGGCAACAGAAAGGGUAUCUGGUAGGACAAGCAUCCCUCUUGAUGAAGAAGCACAGAUUGAGAUGGCAAUGAGAGAGUCUCUAAGGGAUUCUAAUUCCGCCAUGCAGCAAGAUAAUUCUUCAUCUUUUGGCAAGUCUGUUUGUAACAAGGCUGGUGCAAGUUCUUCAGCUAAUCAGCAAACUACGAUUGAUAGAUACUAUAAAGGUCCUGGAAGUUCUUCCAAUGCUCCUUUUGAUGUCGAUUUGGCUCGCAGUAAGGCCCAAGCACAACCUCGGGUGGAUGUUAUGCUAGAGGGGGUUGCCAAAGAGCAGCUUGGGAAAGCUUGGUCAAAAUGGUUUCAUGCUAAUGAUAUUCCCGGAAGAAAAGCGGACUGCCCAUACUUCCGCUCAGCAGUUAAGUUAACCCAACAAUUUGGUGAAGGAGUGCCAAUUCCACGUGGGAAAGAAAUAGAUGGUCCCUUGCUGGAUAUGAAUUAUGCUGACAUGGAGGCUCACAUGGCUGCCUUCAAGGAUGAUUGGAAAGAUUAUGGGGUUACUGUCAUGUGUGAUUCAUGGACAGGUCCUACCAUGAUGUGCAUCAUUAACUUCAUGAUAUAUUGCAAUGGACGCAUGUUCUUCCAUAAGUCUGUAAAUGCAACCGGUGAUACUCAAAAUUCAGAAUAUCUUCUUGACAUGAUUGGUACAGUGGUUGGUGACGAGAUUGGAGCCAAAUAUGUUGUUCAAGUUGUCACAGAUAAUGGUUCUAAUUAUAAAAAAGCAUGUCAAGACUUGGUUACCAUGUAUCCACAUAUUACUUGGCAACCAUGUGCUGCCCAUACCAUCAACUUGAUGUUAAAGGACAUAGGGCACUUUCCUGAUAUUGAGGAAGUAGUGGAUAGUGCAAAGCGAAUUUGCAGAUUCUUAUAUAAGCAUAAUAGGCUGCAUGCUAUGAUGAGAGAAAAGAUAGGGAGGGAGCUGAUUCGGUGGAAUGCCACUAGAUUUGGCACUGUUUUCAUUUUUCUCCAGAGUUUUUGGGAUAGACAAGAUAAGUUCAAGCAAUGGAUGGUAUCUGAUGACUGGGAGAAAUGUGUGUGGGCUGGUAAGGCUGACCAUGAUUUCACAUAUGAUUGUUUGACCAGCAAAAAAUGGUGGAGUCAAAUGGAAGUGGUGUUAAAAGCUGUCUCCCCAAUCUAUUCUGUACUUCGUUUAGCUGAUCAGCAACAGAAGUUCUAUUCUAUAUCUGCAUUCAUUCCAAAAAUGAGGGAAUCUAUGGCAGAAAUACGUGGCAAUUUAAGUGAUAAUACCAUCCAAAAAAAUCUACAGAAUAGGGUGUUGGAAAAAGUCCAAGGAAGACUUGAUUAUCUUGUCAAUGAUACACUUAUGCUUGCAGCUGCCGCACUUGAUCCUAAAGCACUGUACACUUCCAAGCUUGCAAGGAAACCAAAGUCCAGACAUGCUGUCACAUUGGCCAUCAAGAAGCUUGCAGGCUCAUCUUCAAAGGCUUCUGCUGCAAUCGAUCAAUUUACUUUCUUCUCAAAACAGGGAGGGUUAUUUGGAGGAGCGGAGGCUCGAAAAUCGGCUCUUAAUGGCCGGUGUAGUGCAGCUGAUUGGUGGGAUCAAUAUGGUGGAGACUGUAGUGAACUACAAGAGGUUGCAAGGCGUAUUGUCUCACAAUGCAUGUCCUCUAGUGGGUGUGAGCGCAAUUGGAGCACAUUUGCCUUGGUGCACACCAAAUUGAGGAACCGGUUAAGUUACGAUAAGCUUCACAAGUUGGUUUUUGUACAUUAUAAUUUGAAGUUGCGUAUCCAACAUUUCGUAACUGACAUGCAAAACCUUCAAGAAAUGCAAACCAACAAGGAGCAUGAAAGAGAUUUUGAUCCUUGUAGCAUCCUAAUAGAUGUGACUUUGUAUGAUGAAAGGAAUCCGAUCAUGGAUUGGUUGUGCACCUCUAGGAGUGAGUCCGCGCCGACUCUAGAUGAACGUGAUGACCAGAGGCCCGAAUCCCCUAAUCCUAGCAGACUUGUUAUAGAUGAGUUAGGGAUGAGUGAUGAAGAGGUGGCUGCAUUUAAAAAGAAGAUUGGUGGGAAACGGGGUAAGAAAAGGAAGGGAGAAUUUGAAGAUAUUUUCUCUGAUUAUGAAUCAGAAUCGGAUCAGCAAGGUAGCCCUGUUUAUGCUGAGUCAGGGGAGAGUAGUUCUGAUGACAGUGAAGGCAAUGGUGAUGGUGAUGCUGUUCAUGCUUCCGGUGAUGCAAAUGAACUUGGAGAGGGAGGCUCGACAACUCACAAAGGAGCUGGUAAGGAUAAGGGAAUCCCUCUCCGUCCGAGCUCGAAAAGGAUGAAGAAACGUUCUGUCAAGACCAUGUACUGAAGCCUGAAAGUCAGAUUCGAGGGUUCAUGCAAAAUGAAUUGCUAUUUGUCUGGGUUUGAGCUUGUCUUUUCGUGUGCUUCUAAUAUUUAGGACCAUGGACUAUUCUAUGUAGUAAUUGUUGGUACUUGGAAUUGGAAAUAUGGAUGGAGACUGUAAUAUUUGGGAUUGAGCAUCUUCAUGUGCAAUAUUUGAAACUCCAUGUUGAACAGACUA